UCCUUCUCAGUUUAAACGUACUGAAAAGUCAGUGUACUAGGCAUGUGGGGUUUAAUGACUUUUACUUGUCAUAUUUUUAUGCUAAUUGUUUCAUCAUUUUCAACCGACAUUCUAAACUUGGAAAAAAAUAUAGUUGUUCUCGAAAAUGACUUAGCUGUACAAAAAAAUCUGAAUUCUGUGCUUCGAGAUCAUGUUACCGAAAAAGGACUUUACCAUUCCAGAACCCGGAAAGCUGUAAAUUGUUCCAUACAGCCAGUUGUAUUCCAUGCACGAUUGGUAUCAAACAUUUACCCGCUAGGCUCCAAUCAAAUCAUUGCUUACGACUCCGUCAUCACGAACGAGGGGAAUACAUAUGACACGCUCACGGGAAUGUUUGAAGCCACAUCUACUGGGGUAUACCAGUUUAUAGCAACCAUGUGGUCAACUGAAGGCCGAAAUCUGGAUUUCCAAAUGAUAUUUAAUGGCGGCGAGGUAUGUGCUGGACGCACUACAACAACUAACCAGUCGAUGGGCAUCUGUUCCGCUAUUCUCCAGGUUCCAGAUGGAGGGAGGGUUUUUGUAAGGCAUAAAAGCACCAACGGUAACGAUGCCAAGGGAAAUAAUUAUGCAGUAUUCACUGGUCAUUUGAUUUUGUAAAUAUUGAAGGAAUUAAAGAUAGUUAUUUUAUUGAU